UUUUUUUUUCAAUAUCGUAUCUGUAACUUUAAAUUAGCUAACUUUGAUGACCAUAAAAAAAUAAAUAUAUGAAGUAAUGUGUACUAUUAGAUAUUUUUUCAUGGUCAUCUGAUAAUUUUUACAAUAAUCUAUCAUCAGAGAUGUAUCGAUUUCAAAUAGCAUUCUGAUGAUCGUGUUUUCCGGCGGAUGCGGAUAUAAUUGAAUGUUUCAAGGUAGAAAAAAAUCUAUUGAUAUAUAAAUUCAGAUUCAUAAAAUGUGUACAUUAGUAUCAAGGUGUAACUAAUGAAAUACUUACACUCGUACCUCAAAAAAAAAUAAUAGUUAGAUUAUUCAGUUAAUAUAGUAUUGCUCCUUACUAACAUAAAAAAAUAAUUUUCUCUUUAAUAAAAACAUGUUUAUUAAAUACUUAAAUAUUUUUAUUCUAUUAAAAGUUAUAAAUUGUGACCAAAGAAAUUUUUAUCCACAAAAUUAUCAGUACAGCAACACACUUGCAUGUCCAGAUAAUAAAAUAUGUAUUCCACUGGAUUAUUGUUCUGAAAUGGUGAAUUUAUUGCGUGAAGCAACAUUUCCAGUUCACCGAUUUCGACAAGCUGUUUGUGGAUAUGUAGGGAAAACUGCCAAAGUUUGCUGUAAUUCUCCUCGUGAUACUAGCAAUACUAUUCAGAAUUAUAAUAACGAUCCUAAUUAUUCAUCAGCUUCUAAAUCUUCGCGAAAUUGUGGACAGAGUUUUGUAAGAAGUAAUACUCCAACUCUAGGAUCAUUUCCUUUUCUUGCUAGAGUUGGAUUUAUCAAUUUAAAUGAUGGAAGUAUAAAAUAUUCGUGUACUGGAACAAUUUUAAAUGAACGAACAGUAUUAACUACAGCUACAUGUGCUUUAGCUAGUUCUGAUGAAUAUAAGCUACAUUCUGUGUUGAUUGGAGAGUUUGACACAUCAUCAAAUCCAGACUGUAAUCAAUUAUUCUGUGCGUAUUGUACGCAAUCAUAUGAAGUAUCUUAUGUUUUAAAACAUCCGAAUUUUGAUGCUAAAACUUUUGAACAUAAUAUUGCUCUUUUACGUCUCAAUAGUUCUGUUCCUUUUACACUAACAGCUCAGCCUAUUUGUUACUCUGAUCAUCAAUACAUUCCAAUAGGGUGUACUGCAUUACUCGUAGGCUGGGGAAAAGUGUCUCAUUAUAAAGAAUCAACUCAACAACAAGUAUUACCAAUUAAAAUACUGCCUACUCAGGAUUGCAAUGAAUUUUCAUCUCAAGGUUUAAGUGUUGAGUUAUGUGGAAUAGGUUUUCAAGAUGCUUGUUCAGGAUUCAGUGGUAGUCCUUUGCUCAUUGGUGAUGCGAGUGGUUAUUCGGUGAUUGGGAUGUUAUCAUAUGGUUCACAAUGUAAUCAACAGUUGCCAUCAGUAUUUAUAAAUGUUCAAAAUUAUGCUAUGUGGAUCACCGAAAAUUCUUGAAUUUUUUCAAACGGUCAAUUUGAUUUUCAUUGAUAAAAUCUCUUUUUUAUAUU